GCGUCGAGCGGCGCAUGCUGGGAUUCUUUCUUUUCCGUGGGCGUCAGGAAGUGCUUUUUGAAUGAGGCACUGCGGACCGAGGUGUUGGAAGUUCCUAAUUCUUUCCUCGUUAACUGUGAAACUCUGCGUGUUGGAAAGGCCUGGCCUCAGUCAUCAGGCCGGGAGAGGUAUUGGACGCCGCGCACGCACUCCUCUGCCAGCGAGGCCCGAAGGGGAAGCCUAGCGACGCGCAGUGUGGCAGCUGCCGGCCUCUGGGCCGCUACUUGUCAUACCAUGCUUUCCUGUGAUAUUUGUGGUGAAACAGUAACCUCAGAACCAGACAUGAAAGCUCACCUAAUUGUUCACAUGGAAAAUGAAAUUGUAUGUCCGUUUUGCAAGUUGUCAGGUGUGAGUUACGAUGAAAUGUGUUUUCAUAUUGAAACAGCUCAUUUUGAGCAGAAUACACUUGAAAGAAACUUUGAGAGGAUAAAUACUGUACAAUUUGGAACUUCAGAUAACAAGAAAGACAACACCCUACAGUGUGGAAUGGAAGUUAAUUCAAGUAUUCUUUCAGGUUGUGCAUCUAAUCAUCCAAAAAAUUCAUCUCAAUGCCUGACUAAAGAUAGUACUUUAAAACAUGAAACCUUUUAUUCAGAGAACUUAACUGAAUCUAGAAAAUUCCUGAAAAGUAGGGAAAAACAGUCUGGCCUAACCGAAGUAAAAGGAUCUAUUUAUGAAACAACGUAUGGUCCUCCCGAAUGUCCAUUCUGUGGAAAAAUAGAGGAGCAUAGUGAAGAUAUGGAAACUCAUGUGAAAACAACGCAUGCCAAUCUUUUAGACAUUCCAUUGGAAGACUGUGAUCAGCCACUCUAUGAUUGUCCUAUGUGUGGGCUUAUAUGUACCAAUUACCAUAUUCUUCAGGAACAUGUUGACUUGCAUUUGGAAGAAAACAGCUUUUGCCAAGGCAUGGAUAGAGUCCAGUGUUCUGGUGAUCUACAAUUGGCUCACCAGCUUCAGCAAGAAGAAGACAGAAAGAGGAGAUCUGAAGAAUCAAGACAAGAAAUAGAAGAAUUUCAGAAGCUGCAGAGACAAUAUGGUUUAGAUAAUUCUGGAGGAUACAAACAACAACAACUACGAAAUAUGGAGAUAGAAGUAAAUAGGGGAAGAAUGCCUCCAUCUGAAUUUCAUAGAAGAAAAGCUGAUAUGAUGGAAUCAUUAGCUAUUGGUAUUGAUGAUGGAAAAACAAAAACUUCCGGAAUUAUUGAAGCACUUCAUAGGUAUUAUCAGAAUGCUGCCACAGAUGUGAGGCAGGUGUGGCUUUCUUCAGUGGUGGAUCACUUUCAUUCAUCUUUAGGUGACAAAGGUUGGGGUUGUGGUUACAGAAACUUCCAAAUGCUACUUUCAUCAUUAUUACAAAAUGAUGCUUAUGAUGAUUGCUUAAAAGGUAUGUCGGUUCCUUGCAUUCCAAAAAUUCAAUCUAUGAUUGAAGAUGCAUGGAAGGAAGGUUUUGAUCCUCAGGGGGCCUCUCAACUUAAUAACAGGUUACAGGGAACAAAGGCCUGGAUUGGAGCAUGUGAAGUAUAUAUACUCUUGACCUCCCUAAGGGUAAAGUGUCAUAUUGUUGAUUUUCAUAAGUCAACUGGUCCUUUGGGUACACACCCUCGCUUAUUUGAAUGGAUAUUGAACUAUUAUUCUUCAGAGGGGGAAGGGAGUCCAAAGGUAGUGUGUACAUCUAAACCUCCUAUCUAUCUUCAGCAUCAAGGUCACAGUCGAACUGUUAUUGGAAUUGAAGAGAAAAAAAACCGAACAUUAUGCUUACUAAUAUUUGAUCCUGGAUGUCCUUCUCGAGAAAUGCAGAAAUUGUUAAAGCAAGACGUAGAGGCUAGCAGUCUCAAGCAACUUCGAAAAUCUAUGGGAAAUUUAAAACAUAAGCAAUACCAGAUAGUGGCAGUAGAGGGUGCUCUUUCUCCAGAGGAGAAAGUUGCCAGGAGACAAGAUUCUCAAGUCUUUACAGCCGAGAAGAUUCCUUGAAGAAUCAAGCAUUUCAGUACUUGAGAACAAUGCUUUGUUUUCUAAAUGUAGAUAUUGAACUCCUUAACACAAUUAUGAAUCUGUGAAUUCUCUAAGUCUUAACAUAAUUUAAUUUCUAAAAUGCCUGUGUUAAUUAAGUUAUACCUAUCAUACUUCAUUGUUUGGUAAGUAUUUCAAUAAAAUGUCUUGUUUUUGCAUUGUGGA